AUGCCGCCCUCACAGCUAAAGCGGCUAAAGGCCUCGCUCCGCGAACAAGGCAUUACCGGUCCGCAGAAAUCCAAGAAGCAGAAGAAGUCGCAAUCCAAGAACGCCGACCACCACGAACGGAAAGCCUCUGCGCUCGCCUCGAUUCGCGAAUCUUUCAAUCCUUUCGAGUUUAAGCACCUUGCGCGCCCCCACAAGCAUGAGUAUGUCUCUGCGCAGGCCGAGAAUGCUCCCAAGAAGAUCCUCGGUAGACCCGGUGUUACCAAGAGCGCAGGCGAGGAGGCACGUAGGAAGUCGCUGCUUCCAGAGAUGCAUCGCAAGAACAAGGUCGGAGGUAUCCUCGAUAGGCGAAUAGGUGAAGAUGACCCGACAAUGAGCCUGGAGGACCGUGAGAUGGCGCGCUUUGAGAGGGAACAACAGCGCAAGAGGGGCGGAAAUAUGUUUGACCUUGAGGAUGAUGCUGACGAGGUUGAGCUCACCCACGGUGGACAGUCUCUCCGUUUCGACGAUGAGAUUGGAGAGGAAGACUAUGAUGCGGCAAGCAUUGCUGGGUCAAGUGACGGCGAAGAUGGCUUCCUGAAGAAGAAGAGGCGGAGAGACGAUGAAGACGGCGACGCGGAUGGCGAUGCGGCUGCGGAUCAGCCAGAGAGGAAGAAAAGCAAGGCAGAGGUCAUGAAGGAGGUCGUGGCCAAGUCGAAGCAGCAUAAAUACGAGCGUCAAGCACAGAAAGAGGACGACGAUGAGCUACGAGACGAGCUUGACAAGGACCUCAAUGACGUGUUGGCCGCUCUGCGGGGACACAUCAACAAGAAGCCCGAGCCCGAGAAGCCCAAGGACACCCAGGUCAACGAAUUUGGCAUGAACGCCGACCGUGCUGCACUUCUAGCUGGAGCCACACAGCAAGACAAGGACAGAGAGUACGAUACACGUGUGCGCCAACUGAUGCAAGAUUCGCGAGCGAAGCCGACAGAACGAACAAAGACGGAAGAAGAGAAGGCUAGAGAAGAGGCAGAUCGCUUGAAGCAACUUGAACAGAAGCGCAUGAAGAGAAUGCACGGAGAGCCUGUCAGCGAUGACGAAGAACCACGCAAAAACGGUGUCGAGGAGCUUGAUGAAAACGAAGAUGACGACAGCCUACCAGACGACGCCGCCGAGUUCGGACUAAAAGCGCCAGGCCAACUGAGACCCGACGGCGUUGAAGACGAGGACGACUUCAUCAUGGACGAUGACCUCGUUGCUACCGACUCAGAAGCCGACAUGUCCGACGAUGAGUCUGAUCUUGGCUCUGCAAUCGACGACACAAUGGCCAUGGACGAGGAGGACGCAGACUUCUUGAAGCACGUUAUGCCGGAGCGGAAAGAGCAACCCAAGGCUGUCAAUGGCGUCCUUACUCUCGGUGUUGAGCCUUCGUCCAAAUUGGCGUUUACUUAUAAAUGUCCGCGGACUCACGAAGAGUUACUGAGUGUCUUCAAGGAUGUUACUCCCAACGAUACCUCCACUGUCAUCCAGAGGAUACGUGCGCUCUACCAUGCUGGGCUGCAUUCGGACAACAAGAACAAGCUUGCCGACUUCGCUUGUGCGCUCAUCGAUCAUGUCUCCUACCUAUCAAACCAGACGCCAGCUGUGUCCUUGGCUGUGAUUGAAGCGAUCGUCCGUCAUAUCCAUUCCAUGUCGCGGUCAUACCCUGUGCAGAUUGCUACCAAAUUCCGAGAACAUUUGAAGCAGCUUCAGGUUUCGAACGACCCAACAUCAGGUGAUCUGGCUCUACUUUCUGCUAUUGGAUCCAUCUUCCCCACUUCCGAUCACUUCCACCAGGUCGUCACUCCCGCCGUCACCCUCAUGGCUCGCUGGAUGGGACUUACCUCGCCUGCUUCUACUACAGAUAUUGCAACGGGUGCUUUCGUUGGUGCGCUAUGUCUGCAAUACCAAAGACUAUCGAAGCGAUACAUUCCUGAGUUUGUACGCUAUACUGGACUUGCCCUCAAAUCAGAGCACGCCACGCCCGCCCUCCUGGCAGCGCACAGCAAGAACGUCAUCACUGCCGCCGAACUCUGGAGUGCCUCAUCCGCGUUCAUCGAGAUAUUCAGCCCGCUACUUGCACCCCUCAAGUCCGCAAACCAGACGUCUACCUACCAGAAUCUCCGUGCCCGCAUAUCCCUUGCACGCUCCAAACGGCGACCCCUUCUCCUACACCAUCACCGUCCCCUACCCAUCAAGUCCAGUAUUCCCAAAUUCGAAGAAUCCUUCGAUCCCAACCGCCACUAUGACCCUGAUAAGGAGCGCUCAGAGGCCAAGAAGCUGCAGAAGGAGUACAAGCGCGAGAGGAAAGGUGCACUCAGGGAGUUGCGCAAGGACGCCAACUUCAUUGCGAGAGAGACGCUCAAGGAGAAGAAGGAGAAGGACAAAGCUUACGAGACCAAGUACCGGAGGCUUGUGGCAGAGAUCCAGGGUGAAGAGGGCAGGGAGAAAAAUGCUUAUGAUCGGGCGAAGAAGGCUAGGAAGAGGGGUUAG